GGCUGUGUAGUCGUGUUUGAGCUUGGUUGGAUUUUACCUUUGCGCGCUUCUUGUGCGGGUCUCUCUUCCACUUUUCACACAAACUUCAUGUCUCGCCGUCGCUCAUCGUCAACAACGAUGGGCCCACCCGCUGAUGUCGUCAUGGGCCCCCCACCGCCGCCGCCGUUGCCAGUCAACCAGCAGCCACUACCGACUCCUCUAAAAGAAACUCAGGAAUCCGCCUUGGAUAAAUAUCGAAAACUAAAACGAAAGUUUUUCGAGUUGGAGGAUAAACAUAAAGAGGCGCAGCACGAGUUAAGGCUCUCUGGGGAACGUAAUGUGAAACUUCGGGAAGAACGGGACAAGAUGCUCGACCGCAUUCGUGAACUUGAAACACACUCUGAGCCGAACAUCUCGGGUGUUCCUUAUCUGCCGUCCAGUGCCUUUCCUCGCUCCCUCUCAACUCUGAAAGCCCGUUCCUACUUUGUAUCGAACCUCCGUCAGGCAAUGGCGGAGGAAGAAGCUGACGAUCAUGAGCUUGAUCCACUACUUACUUCGCGGCAUGUCGGCCCGUUGGCUCGCAAGCGCGCAGAAGACGAACAUCGAGACCGUGCCGAGGAGGAGGCUCGUGAAGCUCGUCGCCAACCAAAGCGACCUCGAGCUGCUGUUAAAGGGAAAGAGGCCAUGGGACAGCCUCCCCAUGGUCAACCCGCUAUGGGUGUGGUCUCUGCUCCGGAAGGAGGUGGCCCAGGAACCCCUGUUCUUGUGUCGACCAAGGGCACCCGUCUUCGCCUUAAGCCUCCCGUGCGGCCUUCACCUAAUGACCCUCUCCCUUCAAGUAAUCCAGCGCACUCCCAAUCAUCACUAUCUCCAUUGUUAUCUCCUCGCGACGAGCAGUCUCAUUAUGACCCAGUACGGUUCAGUGCCAAUGGUGGCGGACAGCACCCUGCCUUGGUUCCUGUCCCUGGAAAUACGCCUCCACACGUUGGUCCGUCUCCUUCGUUACCCCCACACAUGGGACUUCCCUCUGCACCUCCUCCGUCGUCUCGUGCAACCGAGGUUCAGCGUCAUGCUAAGCCUAAACGUUUGAAGGCCCAUACUGUUACAACAAAGAGUUACAGCAUCCCUACUGUUCCACGUGAUAAACAAGGACGUCCAAUGCUACCACUCACCGUCGGCAUCAUGACAGUGAACCAACUAGGAGAGGUAUGCAUGCGAGAGCAUUUUCACACGGAGCGGUACAUCUUCCCUGUUGGAUAUGAGGUGACACGGAAAUAUUCAUCAACGGUGGAUCCCACCGCAGAGGCUAUAUACACUUGCUCAAUCCUGGAUGGCGGAGAUGGACCCAAGUUCAAGAUCAUCGCAUCUGAUGUCCAAGAUCGUCCUCAAAUCGCAGGCACCGCCACCGGUGCAUGGUCUGCUAUCGUGAAACAGGCCAAUACUAUCCGCAAUCGCCAACACUCGAAUUCUGUCUCGGGGCCUGACUUCUUUGGGCUAGGACAGAACACCAUCAAGCACUUGAUCCAGGAGCUUCCAAAUGCCGAUCGCCUGCGCGAUUAUGUAUGGCAGAACUUUGUCGAAGGAGGGUGAGUAAUUAUUAUUAUGGCCAGUGUAGUAUCUAGAAUUGCUGGAAUGGGACGCGGACCAGCGCGUACCGCGGGCUGUACUAUCGUUCAUGCUGGCGAAUCUUUUUCUUUCUCGUCUCAUCCUUUUUUUCUGAAUUGUGACACGAUAUAACACAGACCUUUAGGCGGUAGACACGCGGCCGUCGUUCCUGCACUUCCGGAAGAUCAGU